AUGACGUUGUUGACAGCUGAAAAUUCUAUACUCUUAUUAUCCACACGGAUGUGGAAAUUUCUUCUUUGUGUUUUAACACCAGCAUUAAAGUCGUCCUGCUUAAAUCUAUCCAGGCCUCGAGGUAUAUUUCACUCUUCUGCUUCACAAAAAUUUAAAUAUGGUGGAGUUGCUGCGCGCGUAAACGAAGGAUAUAAAUGUAAACUCAUUAUAUAUACACUUAAAAAAAUGACCUGGAAUAUGUUAUUGGUUCAAUGCUUACUUUUAUUUUGCACUGUUGCAGCCUUGCAGUUUAUGGAGCAUGGAUAUAAAGAUAACAACAAAGUUUACACUGUAAUUGGGGGUACUUUUAAAUUGGACUGUCGCGUUGAUGGCUCCCCUUUGCCAAAUAUGAUAUGGUUGAAAGACAAUCAGUUGUUACAAGAGUCAAGCUUCAGAGUGUUUCCUAGACAUAUGGAAAAAAUAUUUGUGUUGACACUAAAAGACUUACUCGCUGCAGAUGCUGGAAAUUACACAUGCAUAGCUAACAACAGCACAGCAAAAAUAAUAAAGUCUGUUGUGUUGGAUGUAAUUGAGAAGCCUCUCGAACAAAAACCAGAGAUUGCUGAUUUUUCACCUAACCAUACUGUUGUCGUACAAGUCGGAGAAAAUGUAAAACUCUCAUGUUCAGCUGCAAAAAUUAAAGGAGUGGGAGUACCUUUUAUAAAAUGGACACGACAUAUACAAUACAACCUUCCAUUUACAAAUUCAGCAAAUACAGCAGCAACAGAAGGAAAACUGAAUUGGCAUCUACAAGGAAAUAAAACAGUGUUACAAAUACCAAAAAUGUCAAAUAUGUCAUAUGUCAAAGACGGUUUUGUAUAUAAAAUUGAAGACUUGAAGUUAAAGCGAACAGACAGGAGUACAUUUGAGUUGUUGUCAGCCUCUAUUGAGGAUUCUGGUGAAUACAGUUGUUUUGUGUUCAAUAGCAAAGGUUACUCUAAACAGUCUAUGAUAUUGACAGUGCUUUCAGCACAAAUAGAUGCAUCAACUACACCUUCAGCAACAACACGUGCUAACUUGAAUAGCUCACAAGAAAAUACUUAUGCAACAAAAAAGCCACAAGAGUCAUGGACAACUAGUGAAGAGACGACUUUAGCUUGUAUGCAACCAUUACGACAACAUGGUCAACCCUUGCGAUUCUUCCAGAGUAGUUCUCAAGAAUCUUAUGGGAUUGUUGGCACCAAAUUCUUUCUUGACUGCUGUGUUGAUGGUUAUCCCCAACCGAAUAUAUCAUGGUUUAAGGAUGAUAAGCCAAUACAAAAAUCAAGCUUUAGAGUGUUUCCACAGAAUAUGGAAAACAUAUUCGUAUUGGAACUAGAAGACGUGCUUAUUGCAGAUACAGGAAAUUACACAUGCAUAGCUGAUAACAACAUAGUUAAAGCAAUCGCAAAGUCUGUUGUCUUAAACAUAAAAGAGUACCCCCUCAAGCAAAAACCAAAGAUUGCUGAUUUUUCACCUAACCAUACUGUUGUUGUACGAGUUGGUGAAAAUGUAAAACUGUCAUGUUCAGCUGCAAAAACGAAAGAUGAAGUAGAACCCUUCAUAAAAUGGACAAGAUACUUAAAAUACAGCCUCACAACUACAAAACCAACAAAUACAACAGAGACAAACAAACUGUUUAAUUCACACCAACAGCAAAAUAAAAAUGAAGUGCAAGUACAACAAAUUUCAAAUAUGUCUUAUGUCGAAGACGGUGUUGUUUAUAACAUUGAAGACUUGAAGUUAAAGCGAACAGACAGGAGUACAUUUGAGUUGAUGUCAGCCUCUAUUGAGGAUUCUGGUGAAUACAGUUGUUUUGUGUUCAAUAGCAAAGGUUACUCUAAACAGUCCAUGAAGUUGACAGUAGUUCCUGCACAAACAGAGGCGUCAACUACACCUCCAGCAACAACCACAACUACGACUACAAAACGACCACAUAGUAAAUCUUUGCGAUUUAUGCAGCGUAGUUCUCAAGAUAACCAAGAAACAUAUGCGAUUGUUGGCACCAAUUUCUUUCUGAACUGCAGCGUUAUAGGUUACCCCGAACCCAACAUAACUUGGUUUAAAGAUGAUAUGCCAUUACAAGAAUCAAGCUACAGACUGUUUCCGAAAAAUAUGAAUAAGAUGUUUGGGUUAGUACUAAAAAACUUGCUUGCUGCAGACGCAGGGAAGUAUAAAUGCGUGGCUGAUAACAACAUAGUUAAACCAAUCGCAACGACUAUCGUCUUACACAUAAAAGAGAACACCUACAAUCAAAAACCAGAGAUUGCUGAUUUCUCACCUAACCAUACUGUUGUUGUACAAGUCGGUGAAAGCGUAAAACUCUCAUGUUCAGCUGAAAAAAUAAAAGAUGCAGUCGUACCCUUUAUUAAAUGGACAAGACACUUACAAUCCAACCUUACCAUUUCAAAUUCAACAAAUACAACGGAGACGAACAAAGCACUGAGUUCACAUCAAGAGAAAGAUGGUGACAUAAUGCAUGUACAACGAUUGUCAAACAUGUCUUAUGUCAAAGACGGUGUUGUUCAUAAAAUUGAAGACUUAAAGUUAAAGCGAACAGACAGGAGUACAUUUGAGUUGAUGUCAGCCUCUAUUGAGGAUUCUGGUGAAUACAGUUGUUUUGUGUUUAGUGAUAAAGGCUACUCUGAACAGUCCAUGAUGUUGAUAGUGCUUCCUGUGCCACCACUAACAAAGGAUCAGCUAGAGGCGGAGUACUUAGAGAAGUAUGGGAAGAGCAUCAACCUCCCAUUCUCAUUAGCAGUGUUAGUUGCUUUGCCCGUGUUUUUACUUGUGUUGUUAAUUAUUGGUUGUGUUUGGUGGCAUGAGAACGAAAAGAAACUUGAGGAGGAAAAAUUGAAAUUGAGUCCUGCUCAGAAAACUCCAGUAGUUGAAGCACAAGAGAACCAACCAAAUAAUAUUCCAAUAGUAAUUGUGCAUUCUGGCACAAGUCCGGACGAAGCUGAGGCACAAAACAGCUUAGCAGGCUCACAAGCAGAUGUGACGGCUAGAUCACCAAGCGUGACGUCACUUGCUGGUAGUAAAGUUAUAAACGAAGUAGAUGAGAAGACAGCGAACGAGGAUGCAUAUGACGAUGAAAGUUCUCUGCUUGUAUUGUCAGAAGCAGUUAAUGAAACGUUACCAUCUGAUCGUGGAAGCACAUCUAAAAUUGAUCAGGAGUGGGAGCAUAUAUAAAUAAUUGUUGCGUCUUUUUAGAUUGAUUAACUUCCCGUAAGCUCAAAGACUGUUUCGUUUUUUUAAAGCUUUUCAAGAAAAAUUAUGGAUCAGCAAUAUGAGCAUUACUUCCUUAUUUUGCAACAUUUUCCUAAAAGUUGAAAAAUGUUUGGGUACCAUGUUUGUUUUGUAAAAACAUGUAAUGUAUAUUUAUGAAGAAUUUUUUUAUUUUGACCAUGCUAAGAAAGCAGAAAAUGUUCAAGUAGUGUGUUUUAAGUAUUUUUUCAAUCUAUAUUUUAUAUUACUUUUCUAAUAUUUUGCAAUAUUUUAUUUUGUGACUUAUUUAUUUUUGGAUAUGUUUAUUUUUAAACACUUUUUAUUUGGAAUGUUUAAAAAAGGUUGAUUUGAAUCAGUAACCGCACGCUCCAUCAAUCACUUUUGGUUUCAUAAAUAUCAUAGCGCAAACUGUAAGAUAGAGUUUGCGCUUUGUUUUUUCUUUUCACGAAACCACCAAAUAACGCUUAGUUUCUAACAAACAAGCCGUCAUUUUAGGUGAAGUAGGAAUUAGUUUAUCGACUAGUCUAUUAUAACAAUACGCUAUGUCUGCCUGUCUGGCUGCUGUUUCAAAAUUCUAUACUAGGAAAGAUAGUGUCUGGACCACAAUAUAUAUACUUGUAUGUUAUUGUGUACAUGCUAUUUCUUACUUGCACUAUAAUACAUUUGAAGUUAUUCUAAACGAUCAGCCUUUUUUCUAGACUUGUGUGUUAACAUCUGUCGAAGUUCCAGAAAGUUUUAGUAGAAAUGUGAAAAAAUGUUUUUAAACUCAAUCAAGGACGCAACUAUGAACAGGAAAAAAUAAUUCUUUGAUUGAUUUAAUAUGCUUUCUUUGAAAUGCAGAUUUUGUCAUAUAUUUUAUUACACGUGUUUUUGUAAGCACAAUGUCUUAACCUAAAAUGAUUCUUUGCUAGAAUUGUUUAUAGUAGAGAGUAAAAUAUAGCUUUAUUUUUUAGCUACAUUCCACUUUAAUAUGAAUUGGAUUUAAUUUUUACUGGUGUGUAACUAUGUGUUACGGGGAUUAUGAUAAAUUUGGGAAUUGUGCAUAUUAACUGUUUUAGGGGAUAGUUAGUUGAAGUUAGUGUUAUUAUGCCUAAUACUCAAGGAAAAUGCAUAAUUUCACUUUUAUCAUAUUCCCUUCAACCAAGGAGUAUUAAUACUUCCAGAAAGGUAACGGUGGAAAAUAAGUAGGCCUUUCAAUACGUAAGGACUUAAAGUACAACCGUGCCGCUCGUAGACAACCCUGUGAAAAUAUUUCUUUAAUAAAAUAAAAUUAAAACGAAGUCUAAAUGAUUGUUAAAUUUGUUUUAAGUAAGCAUAGUCCACGCCUUCUUUUUGUCAAAGCCUAAGCAUAACCCAGUCUUUUCGGAAUUAUAUAUGCUUAUAACAGCAUGUAUAAUGUACAUUUUUGCUAUGUGAUCUAAAAGCCUUUAGCAAUGUGUCAAGGUUUUUUACGUUUUGUGUUUCCAUCGAUGAAAUUCAAUGUUGUAUCUUUUAUAUGCAGUUAGUAUUUUUACUUGUGCGCUAUUGCAUGCGAGUACGUUUGAAAAUUUAGUGGUACUGUAUUUGUUUAUUAAAAAUAAGUAAUGUAUAUUUAUGAGGAUUUUUUUUAUUUUGACCAUGCUAAGAAAGCAGAGAAUGUUCAAAUAGUGUGUUAAAGUAUUUUUUCAAUUUUUCAAUUACUUUUCUAACUUUUCGCAAGAUAUUUUUUUAACUUAUUUAUAUUUGGAUUUUUUUUAUUUUAAAAACUUUUCUUUCAAUUUGAUUGAGCAAGGAAUCUGUAUCAACAACUACAUAAAAAUCACAAUUAGCCACUGUACCCAGCAUCGAAUUUCACGCAAACUGGAUUGAGGUGCUGUUUGGUGCCUCUUUUCACGUAUCUCAACCCUUAUUUUAAACUAAUAACCACUCUUUUUGUAAUACCGUUUAUUUGAAGACUUGUGUUGUACAGAAUAUACUUUUAUUUCAUAAAUACACACACACAAGUUGUGUCACUGUUUUGUGUAUCCAUUCUGUUAAGUUGAUACCGACGUGCAAAAGGCAGCAAAAACACCUAACUCCUGUAACUUCUGGGCUGAUUUCCACUUCAUGGUAUGAACGGAAAACGGAAAGUGAAAACGAAAUUUUGGCGCAAAUAAAACAAAUAUGGCUGCUGUAAGUAAAAUAAAAUUUAAAAACUUUGA